AUGAAUGACCAAACCUACCUCUCUUCUUCUUCUUCCUCUUCUGGGGACUCUGCCACCAACCCCCCCACCGACCCUUUCGGUUCUGGCGCGGCUAAUGACCCCCAGACCAUCUGGAACACCCUCUUCUCUGGCUGGGACAACCCCUCCCAGAUCAACAACCCUGUUGUUUCUGAGGCGGACAAUGUCCCCCAGAGCAUCAUCCUUUUCCGACCUGGUGGGGCCCAUAAUACCGCCCAGACCACCAACAACUCCCUCAGUCACGCAGCCGGCAUUAGAUUGCGUGCCGUUCGCCCUGACAAGUUCGACCCCUUCCAACUCCCCUCGGAUGACGACGAGAUCACCGCCCCCGAGAUCCCCACCCACGACCCCGACUUCCUCGAAGAGGACGAAGAUGACUCCAACUACGAACUCAUCGGCGACAUCUUCGGGGAUUUCGAUGUGGAUAGGCUAGGGUGGGAGUGGAUGGUGGAAGAGGAUGAAGGGCAGGCACGCCCAUUUCCUCCCGGCUACUUCGAGCGCCUGGAGGCCGAGCUGGACGACAUCAUCGCGGGGCGCUAUCCCCAGCAUCCCCAUGGGUCAGACUCAGACCGGGAGGUCGGCUACGUGACCGAGGUGGAGGAUAUCGUCGAUGAGACCAGAGAUAGUGACGAGGACACCGCUCUGGAUGAGGCGUAG